AACACCAGAUAUUCUCUAUUAAAUUAAAAAGUCAAAAUCAUCUAUGAAGUGCUCUUCGCGCGAGACACAGACAUCGACAAGCUCUUUGGAAAUGCCGAGAACCAAAGUAUAUGUUGGAGGUCUCGUGGAUGAUGUGGGGAACGACCGGCUUCAUAGAACGUUUGAAAAAUUUGGAAAAAUCAAGAAAGUUUGGGUCGCUCGGAAUCCUGGUUCAAGAGGUUAUGCUUUUAUUGACUUUUACGAUCCUGAACAUGCCCUUAAUGCCUCCGUAGAAAUGAAUGGAAAACAUCUGUUUGGUUCAAAUUUAAAGGUUGAAUUGUCUAACAACGGUAUUGGGGACUUCAACAUAUCAGAGAGACAUCGGAGUGACCGUCACCAUGACGAUCGAAGGGCUGUCCGGGACUAUGAUGACCGGAGAGGCGAUCGGGACCGAGACAGACGACGGGUUGAUCGAGACCAUGAUUACCGAUCUAGAAGGUCUCCUCCCUCGUAUUACAAGAGUAGGUCGACUGACGAAGAUGAUGACGACAGUCGGCUUCUCAGUCACGUAGAUCCGACAGCACUACCACGAACCAUUAACGUACUAAAACAGCUAGAGAGAGUGACUCGGCUGAGACUUGAACGAGAACUAUUAGAAAAAUUUCGUCGUUCUUCUGAAGUACUAUCAGAUAUUGACACAAAAGACAAACUGUGCUAUCUCUCACGAGAUUUUGAGGAAAGUAAACACAUUCCUUAUUCUUCUCGCAAGAGAGAACCAGUGAAUGGUGAUCCGCUGCUGACAUCAACCGAUCCCGUCUUCCGAGAUCAUCAUAUUCCGCCUCUGGAAAAUGAGAGACCAAUACUGAUUGACCCAAAGCCAGAUACAUUCUACACACAGUUUUCAAAUAACCCAAGAGGACAUUCCCGGUCUCUUUUACCAACGCCUGACUAUCCAAAGUUAAAGAACUCCGAAAAUUAUCCGUCAUUCCAUGGAAAUCCACACAUUCCCCCAUGGCAUAACCCUAAUGAAUACAUCAGAACACCAAUGUAUAGACGACCUCGGCCUUAUGGCCAUGUGCGAAAGUACAAUGGUGAUUACCACAAUGACUGGUAUGGCAAGCAAUAUAGCGGCUUUGGAUUUUUACCCAACUCUACUCGAUCAUCGGCGAAUAAAGAGCCCAAUACUCCCCACUUCAAGUUGGUACCUCCCGAAGCACCACCCGCCAAGGAACCCGAGUCAAGUGAUAUCGUCAAUACUUCGUAGACAGAUUCUCUACAGAGGUGAAUCCAUCCCUUUACUCUUCAGAGACAGUGACAGAACCAAGCGUAAUGGGCUUUUUUCCCUGAGGACCAAGAACUCCUCGGAAGAGACUUCAGUAAAUAGUUAUAACCAAAGUGUUCCAAAAUAUUGAUUGCAUUCGGUAAAUGAAAAGAACCGAUAUGUUUCGCACAGAAAAAUGUAGCAUUUUAUAAGAUGACAUAGUUUAAUGUAUUUCUUACGAAAGAAAACAAUUCACAUGUACCGCAUGAAUAAUUCUAAUAAAAUAUAAUCAAAUACAACAAUUACUCUACUUUCUGAUAUUAACGACAGAAAGAAAUAUGAUAGGCAAAAAAAUGAAUUACUAUCAGUUUGCUUCUAACCAGUCGGCUCGUUGAUAAAUGCGAGACUAUUUCAAUGCGACUCGGAUCAUAAUGUUAUGAUUAAAAGAUGAACUAUUAAUUGUACCGCUACAUGGAAGAUGAAUCAGCUGUGAUAUAUUUUACUGACUACAGGCUUGAACCACAUACGUCUACAAUGAGGUGUUGAAGUAAUUAAAAUCAGAGGAGAACGAUUCCGUAACAUAUAUUUAGAUAUAUAUCUUAAGUAAUAUUUUUCGGUUAAUGAAUGUUCUCCAGGUCAUGACUUGUAAGUUAUAUAGAAACCAGACAUUGUCCGCGGGACUGUGAGUGGUAUAGUAACCAGACAUUGUCGGCGUCACUAUGAGAUUUACAGUAACUAGACAUUGUCGGCGUCACUGUGAGAUGUAUAGUAACCAGACAUUGUCGGCGUCACUAUGAGAUGUACAGUAUUCAGAUAUUCUCGGCGUCACUGUGAGAUGUACAGUAACCAGACACUAAGCACUGCAUAUAUCACCAGUCACCUUUGUGUGUUUUAUGUUUUAACAAUUAGGAUUUGGAAGGUCUGAAUGUGAAACAACCAGGCAUGCGUCCUACAAUCACAGAUCAACACCCGCCAUAUGGUGUCCACAACACUGGUAUACUCUACCACAGACAACAAUACACACAGCUGUAAAUAACCAUCAACAAUGAAUACACGGGGAAAAAUCGAACAUUAUUACGUUCAGACAACAACAAAAGCAAGGAUGAUCGAAACAACAAAGAUCUUCCCACAGAUAAAAGCAGUGAGAUAGACACUAGUGCAAAAUGACCCAGUGUUCACAACCGGUAAUGCAUGAACAGUUCAUUAUAUUUCAAAUCAAUUUUAUUGAAGCAAAUACACAAAAGGAUUGGACAAAGAAAUUACCAUCAAAGCCAUUUCCGUAAGGAAAACAUACAUUUCGAACAUGCAUGUAUAUGAGAUACUUGUCCACGUACAUAGAGUAAGUCCAAAAUCAGUUAGCUCGGAUAUUAUACAUACACAAAUAUAUUAAUAGUUGGAUCACAGAGACUAACAUAUAUGCUCUAGCGUCUAGUUAGAGGCUCAUUAAAGUCACUGUCACUACACAUAGUGACAUUCUAACCUAUUACACUAGAAUUACAUAAACUGAAUGAUAAAUAAGGUGAUUUGAUGUACCGUACAUGUUAAAAUCUUCCAGAUUUCGUUUCAAUUUAUUCAAGGCCGCAAGAAAAAGUAAAUUGAUUUGCUUCAAUGCCAAGAUUCAUAUCUCCUUUAGUGAGAGUAUUAGAGUCUAGGAUGGUGAAAUAAACAGUUAAGGAAGAGGUGACUUGCAUCUUUAAUGACAUUACCACAAUUACAAUUAGGGUUAUCAGUAAAAUGAUCCUUAUAUUGAUCCGAAGUAUCUCAUAAAUACACUGAAGAUUACCACGCCUGUUUAGGUAUCAAAGUCAACUCCUUUAUACAUUGAGCUAUGACUGGUAUCUCUUCUCAAAUCUGAUAUAAUUUUUUACAUUCUAAUCACACUGAUUUUAGUAUAUCACUUUCACAUUGUCCGCAGUCAUUACAGUCGAGUUAUGAAUAAAUUCAAGAGACUUUCUAUCUUAACUGUGUUUGAGCAAUCGUAUUAUUUGUCGUUUUGUACAACCCUUUUCAAACAUAUAAUUACAUUUUAUAUGAUAUUAUCGUGAUGAUCCACAGCUAUUCAAAAACAAAUCAACAUGCUUAAGAUUUGGAAUUUUAAAUUUUAAAUUUAUAACAACAAUAUAAGAGGAUGACAAAUUGGGGUGAGCAGUCUCAGAAUUAGUUUUGUUGUAUAAUACGAAUGAUUCAGUUUUAUUUGGGUUAAAUCUUAUAUCUAUUUACCUUGCAAAGUAUACAUUCAAAACAAAAAGAGAGGUUUCAUCAGCAAAGAGUUUGACAUUAGAGUGAAGGUGACCUUCUAUGUCAUUAAUAUACUUGAAAUAAAGGUCCUAGUACUGAGCCUUGGGGUACUUAGGGUUGCACGAAAUGUUCGCAUAUUUGACUUGUAACUAUCAGUUAAUAAUUACAAGUUCCAUACCUUUUAAUUUGUCAGUUAUUCCACUGUCAAACCCUGUCAAACCCUGUCAAACGCUUUUACUGAUGUCACAAAAUACUAUCUUAGCCUCUUUACCUUUAUCAAGGUAUUGAAGCUUCGUCAUAAUACGAGAGUAAUAGAUUAACAGCUGAGUCUUUGGCAAUCAAGCCAGACUAAUUCUUUGAGAUUAUUUUAUUCUCAGAUAGAAAAUUAAAGAGAUAUGUAUUGGGGUUACGGGGUUACAUAAGCACACUACCCUUUAUAAAACAUGGAGGGAGUUAUAGGGACCAGCAGGCUGGAUCAUUGCCACCACUAUCUUCAAUUUGAGUGAAUAAAUUUGCUCAGCUUCUCCCAUAAGCCUAUAAUUUACCAAGUUAUUUUCCAGGCUACAAUUGUAUUGGCAUUUUUGUCCUUGCAUGUUGAGGAUUUCUUUUUUCUUAUGUGUAAUUAAAUGUCAUUAUUCAUCCAGACUUUAUCGUUUGGGUGAAUACUAUCACCUAUAUUUAGUACAUAUUUUUCAAUACAAUUAUGAUUUUCGCUUGAAAGAAUAUCAGUCAUAGUUUCUAGAUCAAAACUUUCAUCCAGCAAGUUAUCCCAAUCGGUGUUGAAUAGAUGUUUCACUGAAAUACAUAAAAAAAUAUAUCAUAUUAAGAGUUUUGAAGGAUCUAUUUACUAAUUGGACAGCAGUCAAUACAAAUUAUAUUGAUACAUGGAUUAUUUACUAUAUAAGUAUUAUUAGUCAUAAUUAUACCAAAAGAUGAAGAGAAGAAGAGGUAGGAGUAAUUCUUGUAGGUUCAUAUAUAAUAUUGGUUAUACCAAAAUUAGUCAUCUGCAAGACAAACAUACUGUGUGGUCAGACAAACAAAACGACAUUCUUGCUAGUAAGUGCUAGCGAACAGGUGUCUUCACGUAAGGACCGUAUACAUAUCGUGUAGCCUUGAAUCAAUUACUCUGUUACCAUUUACUAGAUAUGCAUUUUAGAAAAGAAACAGAAUUAUAUAAUAAAUAUUCUCAUUUACAAUACCAGCCCUAAUGCAAUAAAAUGUCUUACUUCACAAACAAAUUAUAUUCGAGAAUAUGUUUAAACGUUCAUGAAACACUUCCAGAGCAGCAUCUGGUUUCUCCAGUUUUUUUGGAUUCUGGUUUUUCCUUUUCUUCAUAUUAGGGUUGUCAACAUGUUUGCGUGUGUAAUCGAGGAAUAUAUAUAACGAGGAUGAGAAAAUAAAGGACAAAAACAAUUAAUGGAGGCAGCUGUGGUUCAAUAUAUGCGAAUCCUGAAGUAUAUUAUUAUAUCCAACCAUAAUAUACGUUUACCAAAUAAAACAUGUUUGAAUGGGUUUCCGUGUCUACUUAGAAUCUAUACGGUAACAUGAUAAUAUAUAGUAACUUAAAGCAGGGAUUUUGUGAGCCCAAACAUUUAGCCAGUGAUGACUCGUUAUUACUUCCUAACAAGCCGAUUUCACAGCCAAUGUCAUGAUAGUAACAUCCCUGCUUCCCCUACCUAAGGUGUUUACAUGUCACAGUUGAUUGGGCAUUCAAGAGCUUGCUUCGACCUCUGUUAUAGAUACGACUGAUUAUGGACAAACUUACAACACAUGAUUUCCAAAUAUGUAGGUUGAUGAAGUCUAUAGCCAUGAUGAAGCAGAAGACGAGUACCCUGCCUGAACACCUGGUCUUAUUCUUCUUGCACGUUUUCAAACGUCUCCAUCACAAAUCUUCCCCUGUCAUUGCCCUAGUUUCCUCAACUUUGAGUAACAAAUUAUGUCUUUUAACCCCUGCAGCCAUUAGUAAUGCUAAACCAGUUUAAUGUCGAUGUAUGUGUAUGUGCACGCGUGUACCUUCAUUCAACAACCUUAUUAGUCCAAGACCAGUCACACAUGACUCACUUGUUCACACUUCCAAUGGAAGGCUACUGGAAAAGUAUUGAACGCAUUUUUCUUUUUACAAUUACUAUACAAUGAGUUGAAACCAUAGUAGAUUUUCAUUUAAUCACAUUUUAUUGACAAGAUUGCAUAGUCAAUUGUAUAGAAU